AUGCCCGCUCCUCUCGAUGGCCUCCGUGUGGUCGAGCUGGCUGGCCUAGCCCCCGGCCCCUUCACCGGACUACUACUUGCCGACUAUGGAGCCUCCGUAUUGCGAAUCGACCGACCAAAAGCUAAGAGCGCCGACCAGUUGACUCGCAGGAAAACGUCCGCUACCAUUGACCUCCGAGAACCCGCCUCCCAUCGUGUGCUCCUCUCCGUCCUCAAGGACGCCGAUGUCCUGAUUGAUCCAUAUCGUCCCGGCGUUCUGGAGCGACUAGGCUUGUCACCAUCGGAGGUGCUUCUGAAACAUAACCCCCGCUUGAUUGUGGCUCGUUUGACGGGUUUCCGUCGCGAUGGCAAAUACAAGGAUAUGGCGGGUCACGACAUCAACUACAUUGCUGUGGCGGGGGUAUUGUCUAUGAUAGGUCGGUCGGGAGAACGUCCUUACCCCCCGCUCAACCUCCUGGGCGAUUUUGCUGGUGGAGGUGCCACAUGCUUCUUGGGGAUUCUGUUGGCAUUGAUAUCGCGCACGCACACCGGACGCGGCCAGGUCGUCGAGGCAAACAUGGUCGACGGCUCUGCGUAUUUGGCUGCAAUGCCACGGUUGGGCAGACAAACGCCCUUCUGGGAUGCGCCUCGCGGUCAGAAUACGCUGGACGGAGGCAGCCCGUUUUACGACACAUACGAAACCAAGGACAAGGGAAAGUAUUUCGCAGUGGGUGCGUUGGAGCCGCAGUUUUACGAUGCUCUGUUGAAGGGGCUCGAAUUGAACCCCGAAGAGCUUCCGCCGCGGGAUAACAAGGACAACUGGCCUGCGCUGCGGGCUGCCUUCGCUAAGCGGUUCAAAGAAAAGACUCGGGCGGAGUGGGAGGCCGUAUUCGAUGGGACAGAUGCCUGCGCCACACCUGUGUUGGAACAAGAUGAGCUCGAGGAAAGUGGCUAUGAGCAACGGCCCGUCGUCCAUCUAGUGGAAACUCCCGGGCUCCCGAUUCCGGCCGACGACGGAGGCUGGACCGGGGGUGGCCUGAUACCUGGCACUGGGGGCGAAGAGACACUCAAAACAUGGCUGGGGUGGAAGAAAGGCCGCGAUUAUGAUGUCAGGCGCGAUGGAGCGCUAGUGAAGCUACCGGACGGCAAAGCGAAGCUCUGA